UGGCCGCCACCAAAUCCAUCCCAGCCCCGCAAAAUCCAUACCGUUCCACCCCUCUCCCCUCCCCCCCCCCCCCCGCGUCCAGGUAGGGUCCCGCCCCGGCGGCCCGCUCCGCUGCGCCUCCUCCCUCCCCGACCGCCGCAGGCCUCGGAUUGCCGGAUCCGCCCGGCGCCGGGCCCGAUCUGGAUUGGAUGGUCCUUCUCGGCCGCGGUCGACACGCUGGUCCAAUCUGAUCCGGGCGGCGCGACCGGGGAGGUUUCCUGGGGGGGAUUUCGGAUUCGGGCGGUGGAGGCUUCAGGCGGUGAGGGGUCUCCGGCCCGCGGCGUGUCUGGAUCCGUGCGACAGGCGGUUACCUUGGCGUAAUCCUACUCGGAGUCGUCGUGCUCCUGUUGAUCCGUUAUUGGCGGUCGGGGGCUGCAGGUUGAGCGCGAGAGAGAUCGUGCCGUGGUCGAUUCCGCGGAAAGCUGCGAUUUUGCGGUGGCGCGGCCGUUAGUUUGGAGAGAUUUUUCGGGUUCCCCGGCGGCCGAUCGGUGCUAGUUAAUUUUUCUGGUGUGGAGGCGGGGGGAUUGAUUGGUCGCGCAUCUCCCUAGGGUUUUGCGUUCUCGUGCGGUUCCAUGGCGGGCUCUAAUCCCCCGAAGCAGUACGGAAUAACCAAGCCAAUUUCGUUGCUUGGGCCGGCGGAGGCUGAUCUCCAUAGGACGGCGGAGUUAGAGAAGUUUUUGGUUGAGGCUGGUUUAUAUGAGAGUCAAGAGGAGUCUGCUAAGAGGGAGGAGGUACUGGGGGAGCUCGACAAGAUUGUGAAAGACUGGGUUAAGCAGUUAACUAGUCAGAGAGGAUAUACGGAUCAAAUGGUUGAAGAAGCGAAUGCUGUACUUUUCACCUUUGGCUCAUACCGUCUAGGGGUUCAUGGACCUGGGGCAGAUAUUGACACUCUUUGUGUUGGACCUUCAUAUGUGAAUCGCGAGGAAGAUUUCUUUAUUGUACUUCAUGAUAUAUUGGCACAAACGGAGGAUGUGACUGAGCUGCAGCCUGUACCUGAUGCGCAUGUCCCUGUUAUGAAGUUUAAGUUCCAUGGAAUAUCGAUAGACCUUCUUUAUGCCAGCGUCUCUCUGCUAGUUGUACCACCUGACUUGGAUAUCUCUCAAGGAUCAGUGCUUUAUGAUGUCGAUGAAGCUACUGUUCGUAGUCUUAACGGGUGCAGAGUAGCAGACCAAAUUCUUAGACUUGUUCCGAAUAUUGAGAACUUCCGUACGGCAUUAAGGUGUUUGAAAUACUGGGCAAAAAGAAGAGGUGUUUACUCUAAUGUUACUGGUUUUCUUGGUGGUGUCAAUUGGGCUUUGCUGGUUGCACGUGUCUGCCAGCUCUAUCCUAAUGCUGUGCCAAGUAUGCUGGUCUUGAGAUUCUUUAGAGUUUUUACCCAGUGGCAGUGGCCAAAUCCGGUUAUGCUUUGCUCUAUAGAGGAGGAUGAAGUUGGUUUCCCCGUAUGGGAUCCACGCAAAAAUCCUCGAGAUAGAUCUCAUCAUAUGCCCAUUAUAACCCCUGCAUACCCAUGUAUGAACUCCAGCUAUAAUGUUUCAACAAGCACGCUGAGGGUUAUGAUAGAGCAAUUUCAGUUUGGUAAUAAAAUUUGCCAGGAAAUUGAGAUGAAUAAGGCUAGUUGGACUGCUCUUUUUGAGCCUUUUCAAUUUUUUGAAGCAUAUAAGAAUUAUCUACAGGUUGACAUCAUCGCCGAGGAUGAUGAAGACCUUAGACUCUGGAAGGGAUGGGUUGAAUCUCGAUUGAGGCAACUGACUUUGAAGAUUGAACGUGAUACAUAUGGAAUGCUGCAGUGUCAUCCUUACCCACAUGAGUAUGCAGAUCCUUCUAGACAGUGUGCCCACUGUGCUUUCUUCAUGGGCUUAUCAAGGAAAGAAGGUGUAAAAAUACAGGAAGGUCAACAGUUCGAUAUUCGGGGAACUGUAGAUGAGUUUAGGCAUGAAAUCAACUUGUAUAUGUUCUGGAAGCCUGGGAUGGAGUUAGCUGUUUCUCAUGUUCGGAGGAAGCAGAUCCCAGCUUAUGUGUUUCCAGAGGGUUAUAGGAGACCUCGCCCUUCGAGACAUGUGAACCAUCAGCAGCAGUCUGAUAAAAAUGACACUGAAGAUGGCACUAUGACCGGAUCGCCAGACAGUCAGCUCAAGAGGAAGCAUGAUCUUGCUGGGACUGAUGAUUCUGAACCUUGCAGGUCUGUCAAGAGGGCAUCGAUCAGCCCAGUUCAUCCAAAAACUUCAUCGCCUCAAUCUGGGAAUGUCGGUGAUGAGACUACAAGUAAUAACAACCAAAUGAAAAGGGCUUCUAGCGAUGCGAGUGGUGGGAGUCAGGCCUCACAUUGCAGUGGCAACCUAGAAGGAGCUAAUUGCUCAAACUCGCCACAGGCAUCUGAGAGGAGCUCAGGUACUGUUGCAUCAGGCCCCAGGUGUGCGACAAGGGAAGCAGGUUGUUCUGGCGAUGCAACUAGUAAGCAUGGUAUUCCUCUUGCUGAGAACUGCACCACUCCAACUGUAGCAGUAUGCACAACUUUAAAGCGUGUAGCUGAGAAAGUUGUGUCAGAGCUAGUCGGAAGUGAAAGGUUGGGAAGCAGCAACAGUGCUGAGUUACUGGAGAGUAUGGAGAAGGAUGUCCUUGUUGAAAAUGUGCAUUUUGGUGGGAACGGUGUCACGCAAGGUGGCCUUCCUGAAGAGUUAGAGCCAAACCAUGGGAUUGAAGUGGUUUCUUAAGCUCAUGCAGGUAUGAACUCGGAUGUGCCCUGGAAGCCGUCAUUGAGGCAUGCUCUUGAACUCAACCCUUGUGCAUUCAGUAUCUACAUUGCUCUGUUUUCUUUAUACUCGGCUGUUUGGUAUUUGUUUGUUACUCUAUGGCAGGGUUGAUCUGACAUCAUCUGCAUGAGAUUGGAAAAAUGAUGUAGAAAGGAACAAGUUCUGCUCCUGGUGGAGGGAAUGGUAACUUGGUAAGUUGCUCAACUCACAAAGUUCCCUUUUGUACACAGAUCUGCAAGCAUGAAGGUUUCUUGUGGGGAGAUGGCGGUGGUUAAGUCAUGUAAUGCAACGAUAUGGCAAAAAAUAACCAAAAAAGAAGAAAAAUCUCUUCCGGCGAAGGGCGUAAGAUGAUUGCCGGAACUCUAUAUCUACAUGGAACUUCAGUUUUCGUUUUUACUUGUGGAGCAGCUGGCUCUAGUGUAUAAAAUGAACUGUAGCUGUCAUCCAUUGGUCUACUUGCUUAAUUCUUGGAGAUGACUUGCCCUGAUGUAGGUCUAGAUUAGAACUAGAUGAGAUACUGUGUUCCUCAAGGCCCCUUUGUACACCCUUCCUCCCCGUGUAAUAUAAGAUGUUCAUGAC